AUGUCUGUCAUUUUAGCAUCAGCUGGGUACGACCAUACCAUUAGGUUCUGGGAUGCCUUAACAGGAGUGUGUUCACGCACAAUUCAGCAUACCGAUUCCCAAGUGAACAGACUAGAGAUCACCUCCGAUAAGCGUUUUCUAGCAGCUGCCGGCAAUCUUUACGUUCGUUUAUAUGAUAUCAAACAGGCUGGAUCCGCAGGCGGAAACACAAUGGCUGCUUCAACAGCUUCUGGUGCUGGUGGUACCGGCAAUGGAAGCAGCUCUAGUUCAAACCCAGUGAUGACUUUUGAAGGCCAUAAUGGCAACGUUACACUGAUAGCUUUCCAAAUCGAGAAUAAGUGGAUGGUGCUGUCCUCCGAGGACGGAACCGUUAAGGUUUGGGAUGUGAGAUCUCCAUCUGUUCAACGAAAUUACAAGCACUACUGUCCCGUCAACGAGGUUGUCAUUCAUCCUAAUCAGGGAGAACUUAUAAGUUGUGACCACGAUGGAAACAUCAGAAUUUGGGACUUGGGCGAAAACCAAUGCACACACCACCUUAUCCCCGAGGAUGAUGUGCCCAUCAACUCUCUUUCUGUGGCCAGCGAUGGAAGCAUGCUUGUUGCCGGAAACAAUAAAGGCAAUUGCUACGUUUGGAAGAUGCAAAACCAGAAAGACAUCACAUCAUUGACCCCAGCUACGAAAUUUAGGUCUCAUCUGAAAUACAUCACAAGGGUGGUCCUCCUGACGGAUAUGAAACAUUUGGCGACCUGCUCAGCGGACCACACUGCGAGAAUCUGGCUGACGGAACAAAACUUUGCAUUGGAAACAACUCUACAGGGCCAUCAAAGGUGGGUCUGGGACUGUGCCUUUAGUGCCGACAGUGCAUACUUGGUGACAGCAUGUUCUGAUCACUACGUCCGUCUUUGGGACUUAUCAAAUAGCGAGACUGUUAGACACUACAACGGUCAUCAUAAGGGGGCUGUUUGUGUUGCAUUGAAUGAUGUCUAA